AGCAGCAGUUUUGGCUCAGGGCACCCAGUGCUCCUGGACCAUUCUGCCCUCAAAUGUGGCCUUUUAGGAAACUGCGGGCGACGUUCCAACCUCAAAGCAGAAAUGACCUGCCCGUCACCAUCAACACGAUCACGCUGGCUUUCAGUGAUCCAGGCAUCGAGAGAGGGUUCGUGAAGAACCGCAUGCCCAGAACGGUGACCAACUUCCGCCUGUUGAUCGUCUUGGGUCUCCUGCUGUGUAUUACGUCGCUGAUAAUUAGCGAGUUUUGGAAGUUUGAUCAGUACCCGACUGAAGAGGAGAAUAGAACGAAGACGUUGAUGAUCACCGUUGUUGCUAGCAUCGUGGUCUGGGGCACCCUCCUGCUAGCCGUAAGCUUCGUCCCGGGAUUGUUCGGCGGAGCUAAUUUUGUGGCUCUGGAAGCACGGUGGCGGUUUCAUGGCCACAUCUGCCGUACUUCCCCUCGUGGCCCAUACGUUUGCCUUGCCGUGGUAUGCGGCCCGUGUACUAGGGGUCGAACCUGCGGCGCUCGGGGAGUCUUUCGGCUCCCUGACGGACACCAGGCACGUUCUUGCCAUCGACCUGCUCGUGACUGGCACUCACUUGGCGUUGCCAGUAAGACCAUACGCUCUUGCCAUUGUCGAGGUGGCCAGUUUUCUGGGCUACGUGGUGCCCGCCUGGGCGCUGGGUGGGCCAGAGAUGGAGGACGCGCCGUUCACGACGAUGUUCCUGGCGUGCCUUAUCGGCGCGGCCGCUUGGGGGAAGCGCAGCAUGGAGUUCCAGGAGCGCGUACAGUUCCUGACGCUGAUCAGAGAGAGGAGCCUCCGCUUCCAGUCCGAGUUCGCGCUCUCCCAGCACCAGCUGGGCAAGUUCAAGCAGCAGGGCGUAAGCGCGCCCUCGGAGCCGUCAGAGGCGGGGAAGGAGUCGCUGCCAUCCACCACGGAGUCGGGAAGAGUCUUCAGCGGGAGCAGAUCUGGCAUAUCCAAGGAUCUCAUAGACGAGUUGGCGGCCGUCGGCGCGAGGGAGCAGUGGCUCAUCAGGCAAGAGGAGAUCACCGUCAUCCAGGGUCGACAGCUGGGGGAGGGAGCCUUUGGGAGGGUCGUCCGGGCCAGGUACCAGGGGAUCCACGUGGCGGUCAAGGUCCCAAAGGUGCGCACCAAGAGGAUCACCGACAACUCGCACCUGGUGGAGGUGUGCGACGAGCUGCGCGUCCUCAGGCGCAUCCGCCACCCGAACAUCGUGCUCUUCUACGGGGCGGCCCUGGACCAGAAGAACCACGACCUGGCUCUGGUGCUCGAACUCGUGGACGGCGUGUCGGUCCGGAGCUUAGUGCGCGGCGGCCGGAGGGACGAGGGCGACGGCGUCGGCCCUGCGCGGCCCAGUGCCAUGGAGAGAUCGCAGGUAUUGGUGGACGUAGCAUGUGCCCUGCAAUACCUGCACUCGCGCACCCCUGCCAUUGCCCACGGCGACCUGAAGGACCGCAACGUCUUCGUGGAGGUGCCACGCGCCCGCGCCUCGGUGCGGGCGAAGCUCCUGGACUUCGGGCUGUCGCGCGUGCUGACGCGGCAUGCCAAGCCGAUGGGUGGCACCCUGUGCUGGGCCGCGCCAGAGCUCUUGCGGACCAUGGGCACGGCCACCGGCACAGCCCCCGACGUCUUCUCCUUCGGCCGCCUCGCCUACUUUGUCGUCACCGGGCGGCUGCCCUUCCAGAGCACGAUGGUCGGGAACAUCGAGGCGGCGGUUGCGCAGCUCGUCGCUCCCCUCGAGUGGUCGCCCGGCAGCUGGCUGAGCGACAGAUGGCGGCCCCUCGUGGAGCAGUGCGCUCGCGAGGAGGCAUCGGCGAGGCCAGCGAUGCAGCAGGUCUACAGGCUGGCCGCGGACUGUCACGGCGAGAUGCUGGAGUCGGUGGCGUCGGAGCUCCCGCUGGACAUCCCCCGGCUGAUCGCGGAGAACCAGGCGAGCGGUGACGCGCAGGCAGGGGACAGCGCAGGCAGGCCACAGAGUUCCGAGCAGACCCAGCUGGCCACCACCGCGACGAGCAUCUCACAGACGGAGAGGACAGAUACGCUCACAAUGCCACUGUCUCGCUAUGCCAGAACGCCCGACACCACUGCCAUUCUCUUGCUCAUCGAGACUGUCGUGAGCCUGAAUUUGCAGAUCCCCGCGCAGUCUUGCUGCGAGUUCCAUGGCACGGUGCGGUCUAUGGAGAAGUUGCUGCUCAGCCUCCUCCAUAAGCCGUGCAAGAGGUGGGAGUCCUUCGACAGUGAGACAGGGCCCAUUGUCGGCCAGUGUUCUCAGUGCGGGGUUCUGAUACGGAAAAACGUGCAGGACAGCAGCAGAAACACGCUGCCAGCCAUCUUUGAGUGCUUCUUCUGUGAGCACCAAAACACUCCUGCAGACUAGGGAAAACACGCUGUCGACCACUAGCUGCGCCGAAAGGAUUUGCGAGCCCGCCUCGGCUGUGUCACAAGGGUUGCUGGUGCUCGUGCGCCGCAAGGCAUCCCGUCACAAAGGUAGUUUCUUCGGCUGACAGUCUGGUUGUGCUCGGCUGCCGCGAGCUCUGUAUACUGCGAGCUGGCCUUUCAAAUUCUCCUUGCUUCGCAUAUCCCCAUCAGUCCAUUCGGAAACCCUGCCCAUGAGAGGUGACGGGAAAAGGGAUCCACGCUGAGAUAAGGACCUCUUCGGACUGGGAAGGGCCUUUUGUACCUUAGGUCAUGGCGCUCCCCUUCCCCCUCCUCUUCAUCCAUCCUCUUCCUCCUCCUCUCCUCUCGCAGCGCUCGAGAGUCCAGAGUUCAGCCGCAACGUGAUAUCUCUUGUACUCGCGGACCGCCCAUGACGGGAUUGUGGUUUAAGUAUAUAGCCAAGCGGCCCUUGACCAGCUGUUGGAUGUGUUGUAGUGGUCCUCGCUUUUUUUGGGGGGGGGCCUUGCCGGCAAUCGUGCACGCUGGUUCGAUUGCAUCGGCCCAGCCGCCUCCCCCGAGCAGGUCGACGUCGAGGCCGAGGAGGGAG